AGGCCACUACGCCCGAGCCAUUCAGUCCUAUACCGAUGCGAUUGACUACGAUUCCACUGAGUGCACCUACUAUUCCAACCGUGCCAUGGCGUACCUCAAAGUGGGCGAGUGGGAACGUGUGGUAGAAGACUGUGAUACGGCCCUGUCGAUUGACCCAAAGAAUGUGAAGGCACUGAUGCGACGAGCGACAUCCCGCACAGCCACUGGCGCUGAUGAACUGGCCAUAGCCGACUUCCGAGCAGUUCUAAAAAUAGAACCCACCAACACCCAGGCCAAGUCGGCGCUCGAGAAACUGUCCGCGCCAAUUGGCAGCAUUAGCAGAAAGACGGGGCCCACCGUACCACAUGCAGGUACAAGUGUUAGUGGGACUGAUGUUAAGGCUGGGGCUGAGGCUGGGGAGAGGAGAGGCACAGAUAAAACAGGCGGGACAGUGGAGAGUUUGGAUAUGAGUGCGGAAGCCAGUGCCACGGCCGACCAAAUAGUGAAGGAAAUCGGGCAGAAAUUGGGGUUGAAGGGCAAGAGCCAGAAGGAGCAGAACAAGAAACAGGCGGAGAGUGUGCCCAAGAAAACGCUUAUCGAGGUGGUCGGUGAGACGGCUAGAGAAGGAUCUGACGGUGUAUCUCCCAGUGAUAAGGCCGGUGGGAAUAAACAGGCGGCCAACAGUAGAGUGGAUGAGAAGAAAGUGGAGAUCUUGGACGAUCCGGUGGUAGGGGAUGUGGGUGAGAGGGGCUUGAGUUGGGAUAGACACUCACACCAACAGGACACGAGCAAGCGUGAGAUGACAGACAUGGGAGGAGAAGAAGGCCAUGCACACUCUGCAAGUCCUGGCACUAAGGAGAUACCUGUGCUCAAGUCCAGUCUAAAAUCGACACAGCACGUGAGCCCGAAAAAGCGGGUUCAGGGUGCAGCUUUGUCCUCUAGUGAUAAGGCGAAGCACGUGGUGUUCGAUACAUCGAAGAAUUGCGUGCGAGUGGAUAACCCAGAGGUUGACGAGCAAAUGGUACCGAGCAUUUCGGAGGGAGAGAUGGGCACUGGUGUGUCUAAGAAGAGUCAGGUGAGAACGAGGGGCAUACCAAAAGUAGGUGCAAGCAAUUCGGAGAGGGAAGGCGGUAUACCUAGUGUAGGUACAACUAGAGGGGCCACAAAGGGGGCGAUGGUCGGUAGAGAUAAGACUGCCCUGAACACUGACACAGACACGGUAGGCCGUGGCGACCGACCGGUUGUACCGAGUGUCGGGGCUCAGUGGAGUGCUUCGACCAAGAUGUCACGGGCAAACAAGGCCUCAGGGGAAGGCGAGCAAGCACAUGGCGAGACACACCACGAGGAUACGGAGAGUGCGAGUAUUCCAAGCCCCACAUCAUCACCCCAGCAAACGACACCAGAGGUACAAAGCAAACAGUCAGGCCUCUCCGGUACACAAACAUCGGCUGAGACGGGUAGAGGUUCUGGUACUGUGCACGUGGGUGCUGGUGCUGGUAGUGAACACGUGGUCGUGCGAGCGCCUCAGAAUGCCGUGGAAUUCGAGCGCGCGUGGAAGGAGGCCAAAAAUGCUAUAUAUAUGCGGUACGCGCUGCUUCAGAGCAUCGGUACCGAACUGUACGCGCGCGUUUUCUCCACGUGCAUGGAUGAGGCGUUUGUGGCCAGCGUGCUGGAUGUGCUGAGCACGUGCUACAAACGGGAUCACGUGGCGGUAUACCCCGUACUGGUGGGGCUGAGUGGGGUGCCGCGGUUCAGUUUGGCGGUGAUGUUUAUGAGCACGGCGCAUAGUCAGAUGCUCGAGGGGCUGUUGGAGUAUGUGAGGGCGGAGGAGAGUGUGGGUGAGGCCCAGUUUGCUGCUCUGAAGAAGGCGUAUGCUUGAAGGUCCAAGACGGUGAGGACGACAGUGAGGGUGUUGGAGCGAUGCUCUGCACAUACGGGCGCGUUGGCGAUGGUCAGUGCAUCUGGUUAAGAUACAAUACACUAGCGGCCUCAACAUUCUACCGCCCUCUGGGACCUUCAUGGUUGAUGGUGCGGCGCAAAAUUCGGUACUUUUUGAGUUGCGAUAGUACGUAUUUACGUAUAGAUCGGAAGCGUGAGAUCGUGGAGAUGGCGCGCGCUGAAGACCACAAGGGGCAAAGCACAAGAUGUUGCUAGGCACACAAUACAUGGAGUGCGUGUGUUCGCCAACACACACAUCACUGCGAACGUCUUAGUAUAUGAAGUUUGUGGGGCCCAUAAGGCAUGGUUGUCACUGGUCAAUUGCACGUGUACGGUCGAUUAAACAAGUAGUUUACGUUACUGUUCGUUGCUAGAAGCAAGUAUCUUGUGAACCGAGCAGAACCAGUUUUGUUUAGGCACUACACUGCCAUCGCAAGGUUGUGACUCUUGCAUGGGUUGGAAAUUCGCUUUCAAGUGUGCAGUCACGAAUAAAUUGGCCCCGAGGCUGCA